UAGGCUUUCAAAGCCCUCAAUUGGUGAUGACGGGAGGGUCUAUACUUGUUCGGAGAAAAACCUGUUCGCGUUUGAAAGCAAUGGCACGAUCGCCUGGUCUGUACAUUUGAAUUUCACGUGCGAGGCUCGGAUGGCCCCGGUUCUUGGCGAGAGAGGAAAGAUAUACCUGGUUGCGGAGGACAGAGUACUGAGAAUCGAUUUUUCAGCAGCUCGAUAUUCUGGCGCUGCAGUGGAGGUGCUUUUCGGUCCAGAGCCAGGCCAGGCGGCCACCAAGAUAAUCGGGAUCUCAGUGAGCACGUUGAGUUCAUGUGUGUACAUAAAUUUGCAUCGUCGAGGGCUCUUCGCGUACACGAUGCGUGGUGAACUGCUGUGGAGCGUCGGGCCUGUGCUUAAUCAGUUCGGCUACCGUCUUGGUUGCAGGAGAAAUCCCACCGACUGUUCCUUCACUUCGGUCCCCGUUAUCGACUACUGCGAGGCUAACAUCUACAUAGCAAAUUCGGACGGGGAACUAUACUCUCUGUCAGCUCGUGCUACUCAUUUUAAAUGGAUUCAGGAUUUGAGUUUGCUCGACAAAGUCUUUACUAUCACUGCUGGGAACAAUGGCCGGCUUUAUGUCGCUGUACCGGCCAGGGCGCUCGUGCUGGCACUUGAUGUGUCCACAGGAAAUGUCCUUUGGCAGAGAACCGUCGGGCCACUAAGCUCAUCCGACUGCAGACUGGUCGUUGAUUUAAAUGGUUGGGUUUCUAUCGGCUCGCUGGAUGGGUGCGUAUACUCAAUUUCACCAGCUGGGGAUCUCAUGAAGUUCCCGAGAGCAAUCAAAUUGGACUCGGUCAUCCAGGUCAGCCCCAUCCUCGACUGCUCUGGUUAUGCGAUUUACAUCUCUCAGACACAGGUGGAGGGAAAGACCAACCACAUAGUCGGAGAAUAUACCGUCGUCUCAGCAAUGAGACCCGAGAGCGCGAUCUUUUCCUUGUUGGUUCCUGCUACAGGAUCUGUUUAUUGGUCACAAAAAUAUUCAGAUCAGUUUACCUCCUCACUUGCUGGAAGCGAUCUCGAUCAUUUUCUUCUGGACGAGGAGAGUCUUCUUGCUUUUGUAGCUGCUUCGAAAACUGGCAAUCCACUGGCCUGCCAAGGGCAGAAACUCGCGUCAAGCUGCUUCAGAGCGAGGUUGAAGCGUCACAGCAUCGACAAAGGUGAUGAGAGGAGGAUACUCUUGUUCCUUUUCUUCGAAUCUGCUGUGUUGCUUGUCCUAGCCAGUCUCGUCAGGUUCUGCUGUGUGUUUUGGAGGAAGAAAAAGCUUCGAGGUGGAGAUCUUGGGAGUUUCCUGAGGAAGCGGCAUUCUCUCCAACUCAAGAAGAGAGCCUUGAAUAGGACAGUGUCGGAGCUCAAGCAGAGAGCAGACAAGGAAGCACUGUCCAGUGAAGUGCUCGAAGAACUAGGCGAUCUAGAGCGGAAAAAAGAUAGCAUCGAGAGGAAGCUGUCGACGACCUACAGCUUAGGGAGGGACCAUGCCGUGCGCUCAAGCCGGAAACCGCUCCUUCCAUUGCACCAAGCGAAGGGGAGGAGCUAUUCCUUUCAAGAUGCAAAGAAAGAGAGUGUCGCAAUAUCCCACACCCCUGGCGACGCCACUUCAGCGCCAUCAUCUUCUUCUUCUUUCACAGGAAGCAUCGGCGCGAGUGAAGCCGAGGCCGGGCGGGUUUCGGAUGCCAAGGGGAAGGGGCCAAUUGAAGAAGAGAGCUCGAGCUCGAGCUCCAGCGGCGACAGGAGCUCUCCAGAGGGUUACUGGAGAAGCCCUUCCGAGCCGGAAACAAGUUCGAAAGGGUUCAUCUUGAAUGAAGAGAUUGAGGUGAGAGGAGAGCUGGGUGGUGAUAGUAACGUGGGUGACUCCAGGAAUGGCAAAUUCCUGAAGAGGAGGAGGACUUUGUCUUCAAAUAACUAAAAACGCACAAGACAAGGACAAUCACAGAUUGUAUAAUGAUAUAGUUUAUUAUAAGUCUCUUUAGGAACGUCGGUAGAUUGCCAUGAACAACCACAGAUUGUUUAAUGUAGUUUGUAAUUUAGUCCAAAGUUCAAAAUUCCGUGGCGAUUUCAGAC